AUGGGGGACACAGAAAAAGCCAUUGACGACAUUUACAAAAAGAUCGAGCGAGAAAAGACGCUGAUCACAGCCGCGACGCACAUGCGACAGUCGACAAACAAUGCUGCAGUUCAGGCACGUGUCGAUAGUACCAUUCGCGACGGGAGAAGAAACAUCACUUAUCUAGAGGAUAAAUUGCAAGAGCUGCAACUGCGACAACGGGGGGCAUACGAUGAUGGCGCCCCUCCCCCUCCAGCUCAUGGCGGGAACGGCGGCGGCGGUGUUGGCGGUGGCUACCCACCAUCUGAUGGUCGUGGGCAGCGAGGAUAUCAAGCAGGUAACGCGCCUACGCCUCCUCCCAAAGAUGCCCGAGGAUACUUCGCCAACGAAAGAGGGGACUAUGGCGAUCCAGGCCCAGGUGGUUACAGCCAGGGAAAUACUGGCAUGAUGCCACCGCGAGCCAUCUAUGGCGAUCCCCGACCCUAUAACACUCCGAUCCCCAAAGCGCGUCCCAAUUUCUCAAAGCUAGACCUGAUCAAAUAUGAUACUCCAUACCUCGGCCCCAAGAUCCAGCUCAUGCUAUCGCAACUCGAGUUCAAGCUCUCGGUCGAAAAGCAGUACAAAGCUGGCAUCGAGAAAAUGGUUCGGCUAUAUCAAGAUGAGGGCGAUAGGAAGAGCCGAUCGGACGCCGAAGGCCGUCGCAUCGAAAGCACCCAAAAGAUCCAGUUGUUAAAACAAGCCCUGAAAAGAUACAUGGAUCUUCAUGUCGACAUCGAGACUUCUGAUGCUGCUGAUGAUGACAGUCUGAACGCACCAAACAUGCGGAAACCAUUAACUGGUCAUCUGGAGAUGCGCAUUCACGCGAUCAAAGAUGUCGAUCACGCGGCAUCCUCUCGAUUCUCCAGAGGUCCCGAGACUUUUGUGAUCAUGAAGGUGGAGGAUAACAUUCGCGCAAAAACUCGAGCCACCCGAACAGACAAAUGGACUGAAGAGAUUCACAAUGUCGACAUCGACAAAGCAAACGAGAUCGAAUUGACCGUCUAUGACAAAGCAGGUGACCGCCCAACCCCGAUUGGAUUCCUCUGGAUUCGCAUUUCGGAUAUUGCUGAAGAAAUGCGGCGGAAGAAGAUGGAAACGGAAUUUCAGCAGAAUGGAUGGGUGUCUGCGGACAAGAUGGCCAACGGUGGCAGUCCGGGAAAGCCUGGCACUGAGUUUCAACAGCAGCAGCCCCAACAAUCACAGGGCACCCCAUUCAUGCCGCCAGGUAAUGCUGCUGGUGCUGGAUCUGCCGCCGGCUUUGCUCAAAAUCCUCAGCAGGCUCAGCCUGUAAUGAUCGACUCCUGGUUCUCCUUGGAACCUGCAGGUCGUAUCCAUCUCACCAUGAGUUUCCAGAAGCAGACAGGCGCUCGACGUCCGUUCGACAUUGGUCUGAAUCGUCAAGGUGCUGUCCGUCAGAAGAAGGAAGUCGUCCACGAAAAACAGGGCCACAAGUUCGUCAAGCAACAGUUUUACAAUGUUAUGCGAUGUGCACUGUGCGGCGACUUCCUGAAGUACUCGGCCGGCAUGCAAUGUGCUGACUGCAAGUAUACCUGUCACACCAAAUGCUAUCCAAAGGUUGUCACCAAGUGUAUCAGCAAGGCGAACUAUGAGACCGAUCCGGACGAGGAGAAAAUCAAUCACCGUAUACCCCAUCGCUUCGACAAUUUCUCGAAUAUCGGAGCCAACUGGUGCUGUCAUUGCGGUUAUUUACUUCCGUUGGGCAGACGAAACGCAAAGAAGUGUUCUGAAUGUGGCCUCACAUGUCAUGCGCAAUGCCAACAUCUCGUACCGGAUUUCUGCGGCAUGUCGAUGAUCGUUGCCAACGAGAUUCUGGAAACCAUUCAGCGGACAAAGCACCACAACAAGUCUUCCUCGGUCAGCUCUGGCAUGAGCAGCAGGACUUUGAGACCGAACUCUGGAAGGCCCGGCCCUCAAUCACCAACUCAGAGCUAUGUCUCUGACGGAAGUACAUUGACACAGUCUGUAUCCAACCAAUCCUAUGAUCAACAUCCAGAGCCUCCUAAGCCCUCUGCGGCGGCGGCUGCUGCCGCCCAGAAUCUGAUGUACAACCAGCCUCCACGUCCGCAAUCUCCACAGCAACAGAGACCAUUGCAACAGAGAGCCGUCUCGACGGCUGCUGUCCAGGCUGCAGCUGCAGCGACCAGCCGGCCAUCCUCACAGAACUACAACCAAGGCUUCAGCGAUUACAGUCCUCAAAAGGUCGCGUCCGACCGGUAUGCAAACGCACGUCCACCGGUCCCAGAAGUGCAGCCUCCCCACGCAUCUUAUGAUCCUCGUGCAUAUCAGCAGUAUGACCGGCAACCGGUCCAGCAGCAAAUGAUGCAACACCAACAACCUCAGCAAGCCGUAGUACCGCAGCAGAGGCCGCCACCUCCUCCACAGACUCAACAAAGUUACUCUCCUGCUCCGAUCAAGCCGGCGCCUCAACACCAACAGCAGCAAGUUGCGACGCCUCCGUCGGGACGAGGCUCCGGGCCACGGAUUGGUCUCGACCAUUUCAACUUCCUCGCAGUGCUGGGCAAAGGUAACUUUGGUAAGGUCAUGCUUGCCGAGGCGAAAAGCUCCAAGAAGCUGUACGCAAUCAAGGUUCUCAAAAAGGAGUUCAUUAUUGAGAACGACGAAGUUGAAUCGACCAAAUCUGAAAAGCGAGUGUUCUUGAUCGCCAACAAGGAGAGGCAUCCCUUCUUGCUUAGUCUGCAUGCGUGUUUUCAGACCGAGACUAGGGUCUAUUUUGUUAUGGAGUACAUCUCGGGCGGUGAUUUGAUGUUGCACAUCCAACGCGGCCAAUUCGGUCUAAAGCGAGCUCAGUUCUACGCCGCCGAAGUGUGCUUGGCUUUGAAAUAUUUCCACGAGAAUGGUGUCAUCUAUCGGGAUCUUAAACUGGACAACAUCAUGCUGACCUUGGAUGGUCACAUCAAGGUUGCCGACUAUGGUCUGUGCAAAGAAGAGAUGUGGUACGGAUCGACCACGUCAACAUUCUGUGGUACGCCUGAAUUCAUGGCCCCUGAGAUUCUUCUGGACAAGAAGUACGGACGAGCGGUCGAUUGGUGGGCGUUUGGUGUUCUUAUCUAUCAGAUGCUCCUUCAGCAGUCACCCUUCAGAGGUGAGGACGAGGACGAGAUUUAUGACGCUAUCCUUGCCGACGAACCCUUGUACCCUAUUCAUAUGCCGCGCGACAGUGUCUCGAUUCUUCAAAAACUCCUGACGAGGGAGCCAGAACUGCGUUUGGGUAGUGGGCCUGGGGACGCUCAGGAAGUUAUGAGCCAUGCCUUCUUCAAAGGCAUAAACUGGGACGACAUUUAUCACAAGAGAGUACCAACCCCUUUCAAGCCCACCGUUAAGAACGAAAAAGAUACCAGCAACUUUGACCAGGAGUUCACAAGUGUAACCCCCGUUUUGACUCCGGUGCAGAGUGUCCUCUCUCCUGCGCACCAAGAAGAGUUCAGAGGCUUUUCGUAUACAGCAGAUUUCAUCUAG